UAGCAUUAUGGUGAUUUAAUACAUGCAAAAUUAUUGUAGACUCUGAACAAUGAAAUAUAUCUAUAAAUAUAACCAACAACCACUUCAACAUACAUACCUCCUAGUACAAUUUAGAAAACUUCAAAUCAAUAUAGUGUCUUAGUCUCUUAGGUUUAGAACCAUCUCAAUAUGGCUGCGCAAGUGACGGAGAAGAAGCUGAGUUUGACGAUCUUAAUAAAUGUAAAAGCCCAGAAAGUGCUGUUUGCCUACGUAGGGAAAGACUUUGUGGAUUUCAUCUUUCAAAUAAUGUCAUUACCCCUUUCUUCCAUCACAAAACUGCUGAAUGAGAAAUCUGGCAUGGUGGGUUCGCUUGGAACACUCUAUAAAAGUAUUGAAUCUCUGAGUAGUCAGUACUACGAGUCCAAUCUCAACAAAGAUUCAGUGCUGAACCCAAGAGUUCCAGUUGUUGUUCCUUUCUUGUCAUUCAAUGAUGCCCCAACUAUAAUCAAAAUCUAUAGGUGUCAAAAUCACAUGAAUUAUGUUAGUUAUUUCCCACAAGUGAGUUGUCCCAGUUGCAAAAAUGCUAUGGUUUUCGAAUCGAACUUUACACAUGUUUUACCAACAACAUCAACAUCGUCAACACCAGGAUAUGUGAAAGGGGAGGUGAGUUAUAUGGUUAAGGAUAAUUUGCAUGUUAAACCCAUGGACAUGUCUCUCCUGGGUAUCCCCCUCGUCAGAGAGCUUAUUGUCAGGGAUUCUGAUCAUUUGGAGGAGAAAGAAGUUGAAUUUGGUAUCGAAGAGGGACUAACACUGCUGAAAGCAUCUCUGGAGAAACAAGAUGUGCUGACUACUGUUUUCCUAGGAAAGAAGAUUUAAUAUCUUAUAUAUUGAUGUCUUGCUGAAACUUCCAUCUAAUUUUCAUUAGUACUGCUUUUUAGUUCUAGUACUGUAUUAGUAUUUACUUGUGUUUUUACUUUUAUCCUAUGUUCUGUUAUCUUAAUGUGUGUUUUUGUGAUUUCAAAUCUAAGGUUACUCUCAUCACUGGUUUAAGUA